AUGGUGAAUUUCUCAAUAGGUGAUUAUGUCCUGAGAUCCAGAGUGGACGAGAAGAUCCAAAACAAACAAUUGGUGAAAUGGAUGGGGCGGUCCACAGUCACGAGAUGCAAUACCCACUCAUUUAGUGUCAAACAUCUCGUUACCGGAAGGGAGUUCGAUGCACAUGCUUUGCGGUUGAAGGUUUUCGCAAAGAGCGAUUUGGAAAUAACGGAAGAACUCCGAGAGCAUAUUUCUGCACAAGGAAUAUGUUUAAAGGUGAAAGCUAUCAAUGACCAUUGCUGGAACGCCGAUAUGCAGGAUUACGAGCUGCUAAUCAGCAUCGAAGGACUGGAACCAAUCGAGAAUUCUUGGGAGCCUUUUAAGAUCAUGCACGAAGACAUAAAGGUGCUAGUUUGUGCCUACGCCGACAAGUCAAAGGACAACAAGCUCAUUGACUACCACAACCUACUGAGGCGUGACCUGGCUCAAGUGUAG